AUGAAGAUGCAGCCGUCGUCUUUACCUGUGCAGGAUUCUACUCAUAGACCUGCGACCAUGAGGCUACCAGACAUGGACGACGUUUGGGACACGGUGAAAUUCAAAUUACACCCCUUCACCCUGGGUAUUCGCUUGAGGGUAUCGUUGAUAAAGAUUAAGGUGAAGAAUGCGAAGAAGAAGGCGGUGGAAACAAAGAGAAAAGGCGUACUCGCUGCCAGGAAUCGUAUUUUGCCCGCUAUACCAGGCAUCUCUAAGCUGGAACUCCCUCCUUCCCCAGCCCCCGACCUUCUCCUCAGCAAUGAUCCACCCAGCGACCAGAAAGCGACCAUCAUCCAUGCCGUCAUCUCCCAAGCGAAGAAGGAACAGACGAGGUUGCAGACGAAGUUGGACGAGAGGACAGCCAGGGGCUCUCCCAAUCGGACGUGGAUGGCAGUUACACAGCACAAAAUCGAGAGAGCGACCGAGUUCGUCAGGCAGCACGAAGCCCUCGUGUCGCCCUUGCGACGUAUGCCCCCGGAGAUCCUCCAGGAGAUAUUCCUAUGGUUCGUCUCGACACGGCCGCACACCCGAUGGACGAUCUCUCGCGACAUCCCAUGGACCCUCGCCCAGGUCUGCCAGACAUGGAGGGACAAUGCGCUCGCUCUAUCGUCCCUCUGGAGCCAUCUUCCGACUGUGGACCUCACGCGAUCGGAUUCACGAGCGCGUACGCGAGUGCAGGUCGAUUGCCUGACAGAGCUCAUACGGCGCUCCAAGACUGCCCCACUCGACAUCUACCUCUUCGCACUCGGCUACGACGGCGGCUCUCACCCCGUCAUCGAGCUCCUCGCCAAGCACUGCGAGCGAUGGCAAGUUGUGACGAUCAAGAUCAACCUCACUACUCUCGUCGCCCUGCGGAGGGUCAAGGGUCGUCUGCCGCAGCUCAAGACGCUCAAUCUCUACCUGACGGGGUACGACGAUGGUCUACCGCCCAUUGACAUGUUCGAGGGUGCGCCACAGCUCCGCCAGGUCGACGUAGGCGGCCCUUUCCUGGCGGAGCUUGCGCUGCCGUUCUCCCAGCUCGCACAUUACAAGGACAAGAUUCGGAUGCGCAACUCGAUCACCCGCGUCGUCACUGCGGCCAACUCCCUGGAAGCCUUGACCAUCAUGGAGCUUUGCGAAUCGUCAGAUACGGCCGCGAUCCCCCCAGUCACGCUGCCGCACCUCGUCAAACUGCAGGUCAAGUUCUGCUGCACCCGCCCGCAGUUCCUCAAUAACCUGAGCCUGCCCAGCAUCGAGGAGAUCAGGAUGGUGUCGUUCCAUGACGAGGCGGAGCUCAUCCCUAGUCUGGUGAAUAUAAUACGUAAUUCGGGCCCUGGACCGAGUCCGUUGAAGAUCCUGCGGUUCAGGACGCAAGGCGUACAAGCGGGGCAAUUAUCGGUGUUGUUGCAGCUAACGCCUGCUCUGGAGACGCUCGACAUGCCCAUCCCGCCACCAGAGGAUCUUGCAUUACUCAUGCAGGGCGGUAUUAUCCCCCGUCUCGAGAAGUGCGAGUUCUUCGUCAACGACUUCACCCACUCCGCAGCAGACGACGAAACGACGAAGGCGCUGGAACUCCUAGCUUCGUCGAGGUGCGAGAUGUCCUCCGAUCCCGCUUCUCUCUCUACAGAAUGCAGCCGCAUCAAGAAAUUCUGUCUCCACUUUGACCGCCCAAGGCUAAUACAGGCUCAGUUGGCGUUGCUCGAGGGAUGGGAACGAACUGGUGGGAAGGAAUUGGUGCACUUCAAGAAUCAGAUAUUCAGCGAGAUACCUGAGCUUGAAUGCAGGCGACCUCGGCGAGCAAGGAAGUUCGAUCGACGGUGGGUUGAUAGAGUGUUGGGUCUCCUCGAGAACAUCGAAAAUUACAAGGUCAACCGGGUCGGAGAUGUUUACACUUCUGAGCUCCAUCUGGUUUUGAAAAUAUUGACCGAGCGGCAGUUUCCAGGGGACGAUAAGUGCCUGUUCCGCCAACGAGCAACUACGAUUUUGAAGAAGUGGGAACCGUUAUUUGAACAAAGCCUAUCCUCACGUCAUUGGGUGAUGAAAGGCGAAUAUUCUCUGGUUUAUAUCUCGGAAAACGAUGCCAUCCGCACUGGGCCGGAUGCCCUCAAAAAUAUCGUCUAUGGAAUUGAAGAUGGUGCAUCUUAUACCCGACUCCACUACCCCGCAUUCCUCGAUUUCUAG